AAGAGGCGGUGCAGCUGUUCAUUAUCCCAAGCGAAGCGAGUGUGUGCGGGAGAGUGCGUGUUUGGAUCGACUCAGCUCCUGGGAGCUGCUGCAACUGCAAAGAUGUCUCGACAGAGUACCCUCACUGCAGCAGUGGCAACCAUGUUAGGAGCCACACUUGGAGGCCUGCUCCUAUGGCACACCAUAUACACACAGAAGAGAAAAGCCCUGAAAAGCCCCAAAAAGUCUGACCCCUUACCUGUAGAGCAGCUUGGACCAUUGGAAUUCAGUCCAACCCCAGUUCAGCUUUCACAACCGAAGUCAGCGGCACCACAAACUCCGAAACGUAUUUCGAUGCCCUCUGUGGAGAAGUUGCUGGAGGUGCCGGCGGUGGUUGUGAGCUCAGUAGAAGAAUGGGAAGAACACUGGCCGUCAUUCCAAAAGGACCUAAACGUCUUCCCUGUCCUGGGUUUGGACUGUGAAUGGGUAAAGAGCAUGCGUGUGUCCAUCAAAGGCAAAGCAUCUGCAGUCUCCUUGCUCCAAAUUGCCACAUACUCUGGCCGAUGUAUGCUGGUCAGAUUGCUGGCAUUUCGCAAUGCCCAGCUGUCUCUGCCCAAAGGCCUCCUGCAGGUCCUGCAGGACCCUCAUGUGCUGAAGGUGGGGGUGGGCUGUUAUGAGGAUGGCAAGCGCCUGGCCUACGACCAUAGCUUGGCUCUUGUGUGUGUGGUGGACUUGCGCUACUUAGCCCUUAGGCAAAGGUAUGCAGCGCUGAACAAUGGGCUGAGUCUGAAGUCUCUGGCUGCAGACCUGCUCAACGUCACCCUGGACAAAUCACUGGAGCUGCGCUGUAGUAACUGGGAAGCCGAGCACCUGACCCAGCAACAGAUGCUGUACGCAGCACGUGAUGCCCAGGUGUCCGUUGCCCUCUUUCUCUACAUGCUGGGCUUCCACUCUGAGCCCUGCCUGUUAAGUGAGGGAGAGACCACCUACUCAAAGCUGGCCUCGCACUGCCAUGGUCUGGUGGACGUACCCUUUAGGACCCACAGUGAAGGAGAGGAGGGUGAACGCAGGCGCAGAAACCGCAGGGCCCUUGUCGACAGCCCCAAGUCUGGAGACCAGCAAGUACCAGACCCCCGCAGAAACAAGCGCAAACCUCUUGGUGUUGGGUAUUCAGCCAGGAAAUCCCCCCUGUAUGAUAAUUGCUUCCUUCAUGCACCUGAUGGCCAGCCACUCUGUACAUGUGAUAAGAAAAAGGCAAAAUGGUAUCUGGACAAAGGAAUAGGAGAGCUGAUGAGCGAGGAGCCCUUCAUCGUGCGUUUGCUGUUUGAACCAUCAGGUCGCCCCGACUCUCAGAAGGACUAUUACCUAACGGCCAAGGAAAAUCUGUGUGUGGUGUGUGGAAAAGCGGAGUCCUACAUCAGAAAGAACAUUGUUCCACAUGAAUACAGACGCCACUUCCCAGCUGAAAUGAAAGACCACAACUCCCAUGACAUCCUGCUGCUGUGCACUUCCUGUCACGCAGCGUCCAAUGUGUAUGACGGCUUCCUUAAACAGCAGCUGGCUGAUGAGUUCGCGGCCCCUCAGGGCUGCGAGGAGGGUGUGAGGAUGCUGGAGGACUCAGGCCGUCGACGGGUUCGUUCGGCUGCACGUGCCCUCCUCAGCGCUGGCGAGAGCAUGCCGGACUCCAGACGGAACGAGCUCCAGACAAUCGUCCGUAAUUUUUUCUUGAAAGAGGAGGAGCAAGACAGCGAGGUCACAGAUAAGAUGCUGCAGACAGCUGCAAACCUGGAAACCAGGAUUUUUAAUGAGAAUUACGUGCCCCACGGGUUGAAGGUUGUGCGGGCGUACGCUGAGCAUGGCCUGCAGGGUCUGAUCGAUUUGGAACACCGUUGGCGCCAGCACUUCCUAUCCAGCAUGCAGCCCAGCUUCUUGCCCCCGCUCUGGUCCGUCGACCACAACCACGAGAAGUACCUACGCAAAUAUGUAAAGGACCUGGUCAUAAACCUGAACUGACCCCUCGUGCUCCUCUGUCACACAGCAGACUUUUGCAGUUUCUCCCUGCAGGUAGGAGGGUUGCUGCGAUGUGGGGUCAGACCCAGGUGGUCUCUCCCCAGUCCUGUGAUGUCAUUUCAGUGUGUUCCAAAGAGAGAGACUUGGCUGGUUAGUGUCAGACCUGAUACUGAAUACUGUAUGAAAGAAGCCCAGCUCUAGUUCACAGACUGGCUGUAGAUGAACUGAAAAAGCAAGCCAGAGGUUCUCAGACUUGGACUUGGAAGUCACUGCGGUGAAUGAUGGAUCACUAAGCAAGACAAAGGGGAAAAUAUAAGAAAGAUGUGGGUUAAAGACAUGUGCACACUCCUUUAGAAGGGGAAGAUAAGAAUGUGGUGGGAGAACAGUUCUCAGCUUGAAAUGAUUUUGAUAUAUUUUAAACAGCUCAAACCGGCCCCACGUUUCUUAAAAAUAAGUUUAAAAAAAUGAUAUAGGUAGAAGUUACUGCUGGUUUGUGGCCCUAUUAAAUAUUUUGAAUGUGUGUGGUAAAUCAGUUGUUUUGCCUUGUGGGGCUUUUGACUGUGGUCACGAUACCCUUUUUUUUGACCCAUAUAUGAAGAAUUGGUGUUAUACUAUUUAUGUCGAUCUUUUAUAAUAGAUUUGAUAUGACUAUUAACUGGACAUCUCCUUGAGGUUAACUUAUCUGGGAAUUUUUGGAACGCUGAGCUCUCCGGCCUUUUUUUUUUUUUUUUUUUUUUUUUUUUUUGAAUGUAGGUUUGGAAGGAUGUGGCCACUCCUCUAGUUUGUAUUGUUCCCUGUCAGUCAGGACACCUCAGAGAGUAACUGUUAGUGCUUCUUUCCCCCUGACUUUAGUAGAGGAAAGUCCAUCAGUUGACCAGUCCUUUAUCGACAACAUUCAAUGGUGUGUAAGUUUCAUAUUUAACUAUCAUCUAUAACUAUUUAUCUAUAAAGUUUUGUACAACCAGAGAGAUUCAGCCCUAUGAGCAUUAAUACAUGAAGACCCAGAAACCCACAAUCCUUUAACAAGACACUGAUUUCCACCUUGAACUAAAGAAACACUGUGGUUUGUCCUUUUUAUUUACAUUUGUCCAGAUGUAACCCCUUUAAAAGCUGCAGUGUUUCCUUAAACAUUUAAUAAAAUUAUUUAAUGUUGA